AGGGAGCGGCUGCAGGGAGAGGGGGCGGAGGAAGAAUGGGGCACCCCAUAGCUCCCCCCUCCCCGCCCUUUGGAUCCUGGCACAGCAGGAUCCUUCCCACUCAGCUCCGUCUAGAUCUGGAAAAGGAGGCAGGGCCCCUCUAUGGAAGGAAGGAAAUAUAUAGGUACAGAUGCAGAUCUAUACAUACCUAGGCAGAAACUCAGGAUGCCUAUCGAUUUAUUCUAGAAUUGUCCGUAACAUGCCCUUACGUUUGUGAAGACCCUCGAGAAUGAAAAUGGGGAAUCAGGACACCACAGGCGACACGUUGCAGGAGGCGCCAGGGAGAAAAGGGAAAAGCACAGGUUUCCUCCAGGAUGGGAGCAUCAAGGAACUCUUACAUAGGUUUCCAGGAGGGCAAGUGAAGCAGGAGCCAGGCGAGGAGGCGACAGAAGCCCCGUGGCAGGAGCUCCUGAAGAAAAUGGAGUUGCCUCGGUCCGAGUGGGAGAAGCCACAGUUUCCCGAGGAGCUGUGGGACGAUGCGAAGUGUUUCCUGGCCUCUUUCGAACGAGUGGCCAAAACCUGCCGGUGGCCCAGGAAAGAGUGGGCAGCCCGAAUCCUGCCAGCCCUCAUUCGAGAUGCUGAGCAGGACUUCAGUGGGCUGGAAGGCAAAGACAAAGAGGAUUAUGGGAAAGUGAAGGCGGCCAUCUUGAGAGCGGAGGCCAAGAACAGGGAAGAGCAACGUCAACGUUUCAGAUGCUUCUGCUACCAGGAGGCCGAGGGGCCCAGAGGGACGUACCUACGGCUCCGGGGACUUUGCUAUGGGUGGCUGAAGGUGGAGAGGCUCUCGAAGGAGCAGAUCCUGGAGCUGCUGAUCCUGGAGCAGUUCCUGGCCAUCCUGCCGCCUGAGAUGCAGACCUGGGUCAAAGAACAAGUUCCAGAGGCUUGUCCCCAGGCGGUGUUGCUCGCAGAGGAUUUCCUGCUGAGGCCACGAGAGGCCAAGGGGCAGGAGAAACAGAAGUCCCUGAAGAUGGUUGAGUCUCCUCACUCAGGCUGGAAAAUGCCACAGUGGUCGGAGGAGCCCGCGCCAUGGGAUGACAUGAAGGUCUUCCUGGCCUCCUUUGAGCAAGUGGCCCAAGCCUGCCGGUGGCCCCCGGAAGAAUGGGCAGCCCGGCUCCUGCCUGUCUUCAGAGGAGAAGCCGAGAGGACCUUUAGCAGCCUGGAGGCCGGAGACAAAGGGGAUUAUGGGAAGGUGAAGGCAGCCAUUUUGCAACAGGACGCCAUCAGGAGGGAGAAGAACCGCCAACACUUCAGGCACUUCUGCUACCAGGAGGCCGAGGGGCCGAGAGGGGCUUACUGUAGACUCCAGAAACUUUGUAGAGGGUGGCUGGCGGUCGAAGGACACACCAAGGAGCAGAUCCUGGAUCUGCUGGUCCUGGAGCAGUUUCUGGCUGUCCUGCCGCCGGAGAUGCAGAGCUGGGUUGGGGGACAGGACCCGGAGACCUGCUCCCAGGCAGUGGCCCUGGCCGAGGAGUUCCUGCUGAGACGGCAAGAGUCCAAGACAGAGGAGAAACAGGUGGCGCUGGAGGAGGAGGAGGAGGAAGAUGCAAAUUUCUCGGAUGCAGGGCAGUCUCCGUGGGACUCUGAAGAGGGGCACCUGUGUGUGGUAAUCAAGCAGGAAGUUGAGGAUGGAGAGGCCAGUCCGUGUGAAGACUGGGCUGUGAGAGGAAUCGUGGUGGAUGAAGGCCUCAAGGUGGAAGGCAGUCUGAGGUGUUCUCCAGGAGAAUUUCAAGAGCUGGCUGAGAUAGAUAUGUGCAAGACUGAAAAUGAGGAGGAACCAAGAAAAGCGUCUUUGGAAAGAUUUGAGGAUGCCGGGAAUACGUGCCCCGUGUGUGGGAAAAACUUCAGCUGCAAAUCGGACCUUAACAGACAUCAGAGAACCCACACAGGAGAGAAACCAUUUCGAUGCUUUGAGUGCGGGAAGAGCUUCAGUCGGGGCGACUACCUUAUUUUGCACCAAAGGCUUCACAGAGGGGAGAAACCCUAUAAGUGCUCAGAGUGCGGGAAGGGCUUCUAUCGAAGCACGCGCCUUAUUUCACAUAAGAGAAUCCACCUAGCAGAGAAGCUGUAUAAAUGCUCCGGCUGCAGCAAGAGCUUCUGUGACCAGUCCAGACUUAUGCAACAUAAGAGGACGCAGCACUCAAGCGAGAGGCCGUAUAAAUGUUCAGAGUGCGGAAAGAGCUUCAUUCGGAAAGCACACCUUACUAGACAUCAAAGAAUCCACACAGGCAAGGUACUAUACAAAUGCUUAGAGUGUGACAGGAGCUUCAGUUGUAGCAAGCAUCUUAUUUCACACCAAAGAAUCCACACUGGAGAGAAGCCGCAUAAAUGCCCAGCGUGUGGGAAGAGCUUUAAUUUCAGCGGGAACCUUACUUCACACCUGAGAAUGCAUACAGGAGAGAAACCAUUUGAAUGCUCCGAGUGCGGGAAGACUUUCAGUCGAAGUGCCCACCUCACCUUACAUCAGAGAACCCACACGGGGGAGAAGCCAUACAGCUGCCUGGAGUGCGGAAAGAGCUUCAGUCAGAGCAGCAACCUUACUUCCCACCAGAGAAUCCACACAGGGGAGAAGCCUUAUAAAUGCUCAGUGUGUGACAAGAGCUUUGGCCGGGGUGACUCUCUUAUUUCCCAUCAAAAAACCCACGUGGCAGAAACCAUAUAAGUGCCCAGAGUGUGGAAAGAGCUUUUUGCCAAAAGCACGCACCUUAUUUCACACAAGAAAAUUCACAGGCGAGGGAGGAACCGCAGGAAAAAUGCUGUGCCGUCAACGCUUGGAACUG